AUGUCGGAGAGGAGAUGCGGGGCGGCGAGGCACCGGAGUAGGGCGGCGUGCGGCGGAGUUGCGGGCGCCGGCCGAAGCGGUGAACGGUGGCGGGCGUCGUCGGCGGAGGCGGCGGCGCCGGACGGCGGCUGUGGUCGGCGAAGGCAAAGUGCGGCGAGGGCGGGCGGCGGCGCGCUGGGCCGCGAGGGCCGGCUCCAGGCUCCUCGGCAGCAGCAGCCAUCGGAGGUCCCAGCGCCGUGCUCCUCCCUCGCCGCAGCAGCAGCGCGGCCCCGAGCAGCCUUUGCUUCGAGCUCGCGCGCCCGGUCGCAAGUUGCUGCCCGAGCUCCUCCUUCUUCGAAGCUUCCCCUCAUCUGCCCCGUCCUCGACCCUGCUGCUGGACUCGGACCCAGAUGCCCCUGCGACCAAGUUCACCGGGAGACCACCACGUUGCUGCUCUCCUUCCUCGUUAGCCUCCCGCGCCGGAGACCUCUGCUUUCGCGUCGCUGCCGUGAAGCUCUGUCGGACUGGAGCAGCACUAGACCAGUAAUAGUAGUUGCCACUUCCCUCAUGGAGCUCCCAUGCAGGUCCUCGCCGUUGUUCCGCGCCAGAUCCGGCCGAGGACCACUUGAUCUCGCCGCCUCCGCCAUGAACCCGUCCUUCCCUGACCUCAUGUGCGCGCCGCCGCUUCCCUGCAUCGCCUGAAGCCGCCAGCGUCUUGCCUCCUCUGUGUGUUUUCCUCUACAUCGAGCAGAAGCUCGGGAACGAGCACCUCGCCGCACGUUGACCGUCCAUCCGCACCUCCAGCCCAGCGCCAAGGCCUGCCAGCGCUCCAAGCCCAGCUUGCCCCUUCGCGGCCUACCUCCUCCUCCACUGAACCGGGCCGAGGCCCAUGGUGAGGCCACCACCAGCGCCUCCUUUUUUUCUUGUUCUGUUGGACCUUUGCUCAGUUUCGGCCCAUGUAGUGUUU